AUGCCGCGGAACGAGAAGAGAUCGAUCGCGACGGGCGCGCGCGGACGAAGCGGCGCGAAGACGGCGAGUUCGGGAACGAGUCGGGUGAUUCUGUUGGCGCUCCUCGGCGCCGUCGUCGCGCCUCUGCUCGCGCGAUUGGGGCGUAAGGGCGAUGGGAAGAAACCGCCCAAGGCGAACAAACCGCCCGUGAGCGCCGUGGGCGGGGCGAAACCCAUGGGACGAAGCGAAUCGUCCAUUCCGAGGAAUAAGCAGAGCAACAAUAAGAAGAGCAAGGCGCGACGGAAAGAAAAUAGAGCGAUGAUCGAGGCGAAGCGACGAGAGGACGAAGCGAAAGCGAAGGCGGAGGCGGAGAAGGCGGAGAAGGCUCGGAAGGGGAAUAACGUGCCCAAGGCCGCGGACGUCGUCGGCGGCGAGGCAGGAAAGACGUUCACGACGACCUCUCACGUCAAGGUUUCCACGUGGGCGCACGACAUCGACGCCAGGAGGGCUUCCGGGAUGUAG